AUGCGCACUGUCAAAUUUGGGAGGUCCUGGAGUCUACAUGUGUGGUGAUCAAAAUGUACUAAAAUACGAUUAAGUCGUUUUUUCGUGCAAAAUGAACAUAAUAUCGUUUCAAUAGUCAAGAAACCAAUUUAUGUCAUUUUUUAUAAUUGGAACAUGAACGAAGACGUUUUAUCAAGCAGAGGAAUUCAGUAUGGAACAUAAAGCAAGGAGACAUGGAUGACCUAUGUGCUGAAUUAUCCCAGUCUGACCAGCAGGACAGUUUAGAUGAUGAACAGCAGAUUUGUAGUCCUGAAAUAGGAGGACGACCUCAUUUGCCUCUAUUGCACAGUUUCAAAGAAACGUUGCCAAGGAGAGAGACUGGUUUUCACAAAAGCUCCAGAAUAUGCCUGACCAAAAUUCAGGAAGCUCUUUUCAAGCACCGUUGGGAAGAGGCUGCAGAAUACAUGAAGAAUUACUUUGAAACGCUGGAAGACACAACUGUUCGGAAGCAGACUGUAUCACCUGAAGUAAUCUGGAGGAUGGGCUCAGAAAUUCUGCAUCACCUUCCUAAUGCUAAACUGGAGGAUUUCAAUUCUUUCCUGGAGAGACUGAAAAACAUUGGAGUGAAGAAUUUUCAGAAGAUGUGUUUGGAGCAUUUCUUUCAUUUGCUGUUGCUUGGGAAGUUUGAUGAUGCUAAAAGGCAGGUGUCAGCAGUUGAAAACUGGAGAUAUGGAAAAUUAACAGCUUCUCAGCCUCAGACUGCAAAGCUGAUUCAGGCUUACCAUGGCUACCUCGGCUAUUUAACUUGGUGUGCACUGAAGGCGGCUAUCUCAGACACUGUUACAGACAAAAGUGAUAAUUCAGAUGUUGCUGAAAUCCAGGAGAUGCACAGAUACUUUCGACAGUCAUCAUUAAACCUUCAGGAAAUCUUAAAACAGCCUGGAGUCUGGGACCCUUUUGUGCUAGGUUACAUUAAUAUGCUGGACUUCUAUGAAAAUGAAAGUGAGGCUCUGAAAGUCCUGAAUGAAUAUGCUUAUGACAACAGUUUCCCCCCCAAUCCAAAUGCUCACGUGUAUCUGUACCAGUUCUUAAAAAAACACCAGGCCUCUGAGAAGACCUUGAUGGCAGUGCUCAGGAUUUUACAUGCCUUAGUCCCCAGUCAUGAACUGAUGUUGGAAUUUUCUUCUCUUCUGCUUAAGUCAGGGGAGUCACAACAUCUCCAAGAAUCUGUAAAGGUAAUUUUUAGUCUGCUUGACUACAGCAGCUGGAAAAAUAAUCUGGAUGCAUGGAUUUGUCUGGGGGAAAUCAUCAAACUGCUCAAGAAAAAGGAUUGUUUCCAUUUUGUUGAUGAAGAGUGGAAGCUGAGAAAAGACUGGUGGCCUACAUUUCAUUUUAGUACUUAUCUAGCAAGGCAAGACUUCAAGGAAAACAAGGAACUGUUCAGAAGGAAAUCUUUUGUUGCAGCUGCAGUUAUGGAAAAUAAAUCUGUGUAUUGCAGCCAGAAGGGUGGGCACUGUCAAAAGCUAAAGAAAAAAACGAAGAAAGAAUCCAAGAAAGCAACCAAACGCAAAUGUAAACUUCGGUAGUUGUUGUUUGCAGACUUAAGAAGGUCUUAACUUUUUUUUGUCAAUUUAUAAGCAUGUAAACCAUUCCUAUUCUUAUACUCUCCCUUAGUAUUUUAAAGAAGAAAGUGACCAUGGAAAAUAAAGGUUUCGUUCUCCUUGAGGUUUUCCUUAAGAGGUUUUAUGACUGCACAUGUUAUUUCAAAAGGAAUGUAUAGCACUGUAUGUGAAGUCAUUUUUAACUCGUUGCCUUAUUCAUCAAAUGCCACAUGUCCCCACUCUUGUGUACAUUUGUGUUUCUGUGAGACAUUGUUUGCCUGAACAAUCAUUUCUUGAAAAUAAGACUUAUUAUAAAGUUAUUUUCUUAA